AGAAGAUGCAAAACGUGUACCUGGCUCCAGAGACAGAUGAAGAUGAUCUUUAUUCUGGUUAUAACGACUACAACCCCACCUAUGAUACUGAGGAAUUGGAGAAUGACACAGCUUUUCAGCAAGCUGUGAGAACUAGUCAUGGCAGAAGACCUCUAAUAACUGCUAAAAUACCAACCACGGCAGUUACUAGGCCCAUAGCUACUGGAUAUGGGUCCAAGACGUCUCUGGCAUCAUCCAUGGGAAGACCGAUGACAGGGGCUGUUCAGGAUGGAGUUGCUAGACCCAUGACGGCGGUGAGAGCAGCUGGCUUCACCAGAGCAGCUUUAAGAGGCUCUGCGUUUGACCCCCUUGGUCAGUCCAGGGGCCCUGCUCCUCCCUUGGAAGCCAAACCAGAAGACAGUCCAGAAGAAAAGAUAAAGCAAUUAGAGAGAGAAGUAAAUGAGUUGGUAGAAGAAAGCUGUAUUGCUAACAGUUGUGGAGACUUAAAAUUGGCCUUAGAGAGGGCAAAAGAUGCAGGAAGGAAGGAGAGAGUCCUGGUGAGACAACGAGAGCAGGUCACAACUCCGGAAAAUAUCAACCUGGAUUUAACUUACUCAGUUCUUUUCAACCUGGCUAGUCAGUAUUCAGCUAAUGAAAUGUAUACUGAAGCACUUAACACAUAUCAAGUCAUAGUGAAAAAUAAGAUGUUUAGCAAUGCAGGAAUAUUGAAAGUGAAUAUGGGAAAUAUUUACUUAAAGCAAAGAAAUUACUCCAAAGCCAUUAAAUUCUACCGAAUGGCAUUAGAUCAAGUUCCAAGUGUGCAUAAAGACAUGAGGAUUAAAAUAAUGCAGAAUAUUGGCAUUACAUUUAUCCAGGCUGGCCAGUAUUCAGAUGCCAUUAACUCAUUCGAGCACAUAAUGAGCAUGGCACCGAAUCUGAAGGCAGGCUACAACCUGACCAUCUGUUACUUUGCCGUUGGAGACCGAGAAAAGAUGAAGAAGGCAUUCCAGAAACUGCUUGCUGUUCCGUUGGAAAUCGAUGAGGAUGAUAAAUACAUUUCACCAAGCGAUGAUCCUUAUACUAACUUAGUGACUGAAGCUAUAAAGAAUGAUCAUCUCAGGCAAAUGGAACGUGAAAGGAAAGCCAUGGCAGAAAAAUACAUCAAGGCGGCUGCAAAGCUCAUUGCUCCUGUAAUCGACACAUCUUUUGCUCUGGGUUAUGACUGGUGCGUGGAGGUGGUGAAAGCAUCUCAGUAUGUAGAGCUCGCCGAUGACCUGGAAAUAAACAAAGCAAUGACGUACUUGAGACAGAGGGACUUUAACCAAGCAGUAGAGACCUUAAAGAUGUUGGAGAAAAAGGACAGUAGAGUGAAGAGUUCAGCUGCAACCAACCUCUCAGCCUUGUAUUUUUUGGAAAAUGAGCUUGCACAGGCCAGCAGCUAUGCAGACUUGGCCGUAAACUCUGAUAGGUACAGCCCAGCUGCUCUUACCAACAAAGGGAAUACAGUGUUUGCAAGUGGAGAUUAUGAGAAGGCAGCUGAGUUCUACAAAGAGGCUCUGAGAAACGAUUCUUCCUGUACCGAAGCACUUUACAAUAUGGGCCUGACCUAUAAGAAGCUGAACCGGCUAGAUGAGGCUUUGGACUGUUUCCUGAAACUUCAUGCAAUCCUGCGAAACAGUGCCCAGGUUCUUUACCAGAUAGCAAAUAUAUAUGAAUUAAUGGAAGACCCCAACCAAGCUAUCGAAUGGCUGACACAGAUGAUCAGCAUUGUUCCAACUGAUGCCAAAGCUUUGUCUAAACUGGGAGAAUUAUAUGACGGCGUUGGAGACAAAGCCCAGGCAUUUCAGUAUUACUACGAGUCAUACAGAUAUUUCCCUUCUAAUAUUGAAGUCAUUGAGUGGCUUGGAGCCUAUUACAUUGACACCCAACUCUAUGAAAAAGCCAUUCCAUACUUUGAAAGGGCUUCUCUUAUACAGCCUACACAAGUGAAAUGGCAGUUAAUGGUAGCUAGUUGUUUUAGAAGAAGUGGUAAUUACCAAAAAGCAUUAGAUACUUAUAAAGAUAUUCACAGAAAAUUCCCAGAAAAUGUUGAAUGCCUGCGUUUCUUGGUUCGUUUCUGCACAGAUAUUGGAUUAAAAGAAGCUCAAGAAUAUGCCACAAAACUUAAGAGGCUGGAAAAAAUGAAAGAAAGACGGGAACAGCGCAUCAAGUCUGGCAGAGAUGGCGGCGGGGGCUCCCGUGGCAGACGAGAGGGGAGUGCUGGCAGUGACAGUGGCCAGAACUGCAGUGCCAGCAGUAAGAGUGAGCGGCUGAGUGCCAAGCUCAGAGCUUUACCCGGGACAAAUGACCCUUAUGAGAGCAGCAGCAACAAAGAAAUAGAUGCCUCCUAUGUGGACCCACUUGGCCCUCAAGUAGAAAGACCAAAAACUGCAGCCCGAAAAAGAAGCGAAGAGGAUGACUUUGCUGAUGAAGAGUUAGGUGGGGACUUGCUUCCAGAGUAGCACCCCGCUUCAGUGUGCUGCUAUCCUCCGAUGCUGGAUUGCUGUGAGACAGGACUCCUACCCAGCUUCGACGAAGCGUCCAAACACGAGCUUUGUCCACUGUUAAAACUUUAAUUGGGUGUAUUCUGUUCUAUGGAUUUGGGUUUAAGCUGUGGGAUUCUUUUCUCUUUUUUUAAUGCAACAAAAACGUGAAAGUAAUACUUUAGGCCAGUGACUUCCUCAUCUGUUGAAAAACAUUGACCCACAGGAAGAAGUAAACUUCGUAGCACAACCCGCCUAGUACCUGCACGCAAAUGUUCUCACAGAUGUUCAUCACCAUCGUUACAGUGCAGCCCAGCUUGAUAUUUUCUGUCAUCUCAUUAAAACAAAAUAAAGUGCUAGCAGUGAAAUCACAACACUGAUCUCACUGCAGCUUGAAAAGUA